AACCUCAGCUUCAGCCUGGGAGAGAGAAAGCAGGACAGCAGGUCUCUUGGUGUAAAGGGCUGAACUGGUACCAACAAACCAUGGUGCAAUACAGGGCAUUGGUGAUAGCUGUGAUUCUGCUCCUUAGCACCACUGUCCCUGAAGUGCACUCAAAGUCCAUCAUUGACAGAGAACGUCGUGACUGGCUGGUCAUCCCUGAUGCAGCUGCAGCUUACAUCUACGAAGCUGUGAACAAGGUGUCCCCUAGAGCUGGUCAGUUCUUGCUGGAUGUUUCCCAGACUACAGUAGUUUCUGGGAUCAGGAACUUCCUCAUCAAUGAAACGGCUAGACUCACUAAACUGGCGGAACAGCUGAUGGAAAAAAUAAAGAACCUGUGUUACACAAAAGUGCUAGGCUACUAGUUGGAAGAAAAGUCGGUGUUCCCUUAAGUGAGUGGGUAGCAUCCUGCAGUGUCCUCUUUCCCCUUGCCUCUACUAUGGACCAAGAUCAGUCAAUAACAAAGAAUUGAUGCUCCCAUUAAUGUAACUAGAGGGAACCCAGCAUCAAAGACCAAAGGAUGGAUGAUAUCUGCAGAGCUCUGCUGUAGCCAAAUCUUGAAAAUUAAUUCCUCCUGAAUGACUUGGCCAUUGACCCUCUAAUAAAAAAAUGUUGGUUGUUACACUUC